AUGUCGCCUUCAUUCCACCCCACCCAUUUCUCCAGCCUCCCUGCCCAUCAUCACUCACACCCCCCUCCAUCCCCACUUCACAACCCUCUGCAUCCCUCGAUAUUCCCCCAUAUCCCCACCACAUACCCUUGCCUCCUCACAUCCCCAUGGCAACCCCCUGCACCCCCCACCAUCCUCCCCGCAUCCCUCCCUACUCCCCACACACCCCCCUGCAUCAUCCCAUGUCCCCCUCCAUCCUCCCAUCACAACUCUCCACAUCCCUCCAUACUCCCCCAUCCACCCCGCACCCUCCCAUAUCCCCCUCCGUCCUCUCCGCAGCUCUCCCCCGAAGGCACCGGAGGGGAAAGGGCAGCAUUAAGACUGUAUUUUUGA